AUGCCGGUGACUCUUGCAGAUAAUUCCAGGGAGUGCCCUACUAUAAGCCCUCUGCCUGCUCUCAUCACCACCGAGGAGGUCAAACAAAAGGACGAUGACCCUAUCGACCGGCCGAUAACCCCUAACGACCCCGAACGCGAUACGCUUUUGGUAAAAGGCAUGAACAUUCCAGCCUUCCUCACACCUCAGAUUCCCAAGGUCCAUGCCGCUCGUCAGCUCACGACCUUUUCUAAAUUUCCAACCCUCCCUGUUGAACAGGACUUCGUCGCCUGA